AUGCAUUUCAAGUUAAAAGAAAAAAUUAAAAAAAAAUUAAAAAUAUAAAAAAUUAAAAAGCCAAUUAAAAAGCUACUUACUUACUUAUUUAUUUUGAAAAUGGAUAAUAAAUCAAAAAAACAAGUCAAAGAAUAUGACGCUAAGGAAUUUUCUCCUUGCGAUAUGAAAGUCAUUUUACUAGGUGACUCAGCAGUUGGAAAAUCCAAGCUUGUCGAAAGAUUCUUGCUUGAUGAUUACGAAGAGAGAAAUAUGUCAACUUACGCAUUAACCAUGUAUCGUCAUGUAGCUAAUCUUGAUGGAAAGCAAUAUAAGAUAGAUAUUUGGGACACUGCAGGCUAAGAAUAAUUCCAAACUCUUCAUGCUUCUUAUUACUUCCAAGCAAAUUGCUGCAUUUUAGUUUUUGACAUUACAAGAAAAAUCACCUAUUUAAAUCUUAAAAAGUGGUACACUGAAAUGAGAGAACACUGUCCAGACAUCCCUUGUAUAUUAAUAGCCAAUAAGAUUGAUGCUGAUCGUAAUGUCACCAACAAGUAGUUUAAGUUUGCAACCCAACAUAACUUACCCUUCUAUUUCGUUUCUGCUGCUGAUGGAACAAACGUAGUUAAAAUCUUCUAAGAAGCCCUUAGAUUAGCUUUAGAUAAUAAGAUCAAUCCUCCCAAUAAAGAUGAUAAAUUUUUCGAGGAUCUUAUAAAUGAUAAAGACUUGUUCGAUGACUUAGAUGAUUGA